AUGAAUACAGUUCAAAUCAAUUCUGCAUUGUUAUGCGAUAGCGAGGUUCUCAACUUUCUUCAAGAAAGCACAAAACGACGCUCCAAAAAACAAAACACUGCAACUUUUCAAGACCUGCACACAGUCGAAUACGAAGUCGUAACAUAUCUCUCAGCACUCCCAUGUAAAGACCAAACCAAACCUCAAGUGAAUUCAUUUUUGGAAGCUAUCAAGACAUGGUCACUAACAAAAGCCGAAAAACUUCAGUUGCUGAAUCUGAGACCAGUGUCUGCUAUUGAACUGAGUGCAAUUAUCGAGGAAUGCGAAAUUCGAUUUACUGAAGACCAGCUAACGGAACUGCUGCAGAUCUUGAAUGACACUUUGCCCUACGAUAAACCUGUUUUAGAUAAUAUACAAGAAUAG